AGCGGCAUCAUUCUUCACACGAAAUGGAUAUGGUUAUGCUUAAAUCUAUUGAGCAAAGCCCUUCUGGAAAACUAGGAAAAUGGCAGCGUUGAGAGCUUUUGUCUUAACGCCAUCACGAUCCACUGCCAUUUCCAAUCCGAAGCGCUCUCAAGGAAGCAAAAUUUAUGUUCCUCUGUCUGCCAAAAAUGCCGUCAGUUCAAAUUCAGAAAAUCCCAAUUCUUCUUCUUCAGAAGAAAAAAGAGUCGAGAAAAGCUCUAAAAAAUCAAGUCAAUCUUCAUGGGACGCUAAAAAUAGCGAAGGCAAAGAUUACUUAUACAGAUUAGGGCAAGAAGCUGACAAUUUAAACAUCACUGUCGGGGCACGCCAGGGCUUGAUUGAUGACCUCUUUGUUGGCAACUUCCUUGGAAAAGAUGCGGACAUAGUGUUUGAUUACAGACAGAAGGUGACCAGGUCAUUUGAGCAUUUACAAGGAGACUAUUAUAUUGCGCCUGCAUUUAUGGAAAAGAUUGUGUUACAUAUUGUGAAGAAUUACAUGGCACAUCUUAUGGAUAUUUCAAUUCCGUUGAUUUUGGGUGUUUGGGGAGGCAAGGGCCAAGGGAAAUCAUUCCAGACAGAACUUAUCUUCAGAGCAAUGGGGAUUGAGCCAGUUAUUAUGUCUGCAGGAGAACUUGAAUCUGAAAGAGCAGGAGAACCAGGGAGAGUCAUUCGUGAUCGCUAUAGAACGGCAUCGCAAGUUAUAAAGAACCAAGGCAAAAUGAGUUGUUUGAUGAUCAAUGACCUUGAUGCAGGUGUAGGAAGAUUUGAGAACACACAAGUGACAGUUAAUAAUCAAAUAGUCAUUGGAACAUUAAUGAAUCUAGCAGAUAAUCCUACAAGGGUGAGUAUUGGACAAGAUUGGAGAGAAUCAGAUAUUACCAAUCGUGUGCCCAUAAUUGUUACUGGAAAUGACUUUUCAACAUUGUAUGCCCCUCUCAUUCGUGAUGGCCGCAUGGAGAAAUUUUACUGGCAGCCAACACGUGAAGAUCUCAUAAAUAUAGUUUAUCGAAUGUACCAAAAUGAUGGCAUAUUGAAAGAUGAAGUUAUGAGAAUAGUUGAUACUUUUCCAAAUCAAGCACUUGACUUCUAUGGUGCUUUAAGAUCCCGCACAUAUGAUCGAAUUGUUCUAAAGUGGGUUGAAGACAUUGGAGGUGCUGAGAAACUUGGGGAGAAACUUCUUAGAAGGCGAAAGGAUGACGCACUUCCUCCUUUCAUCCCCCCAAAGCAAACAAUUGAAAAUCUUAUGGAAGCAGGCCAGUCCCUUAUUGAGGAACAACAAAUGGUUAUGAAAAUGCGACUUUCAGAAGACUACAUGAAGAAUUCCAAGACUUAGAGCAUCAUAAUAAUUAUUUUUAUUAGAGUUAUUUUAAAAAUAAUUCAAUGCUAUUAAAAUUUCAAGUCAGAGUUGUUUGUAUAUAUUUAUUACCUUAAACUAUAGUUACCUAGAGACUAGUAUCUUGACCCUUGAUACUCGUCUUCUCUACCAGAAACUCAUCUCCACCUUGGAGAAGUAUAUGCGUAUGUCUUUAGAUGUCAGGAGACUUGAUAUGAAAUUUCUUUACAUCAAUAUGUAUCCUGGAAGUUUCCCUUGAAAAUUAGGAAACUUCCUACAUCAUUCUCUUCCUAUAUCAUAUAAAUUCCUUCGUUUUUUAA